AAAUAUUGAGGUCAUAAUACAUUUCGAUCUUGAUCGAAUUUGCAGUUUGAAAUUACCAGGAACGCAAAAUUUCGAACGGCCAUAUUUACGGAACUCUUAGUCGUAUUUUGCCCAUCAUCGAAUAUCCGAGCUCCAAACCUAUCCUGGAAAUUUCAAGAUUCUGGGCCUUUCCGUUCAGAAGUUAGGUAUCGUAUAUACCGUCGGCCGGCUGGACGGACAGAAUUGAAUUUGAGGACGAACUUGACACCUGCGAGACGAACCUUAACGUUUGAAAAUUUUGAGAUUAUUCCCAGCUCAAAUUUCGAGAAAUACAGAUAUUAUGACGAAACAAAGUAAUAGUUAUAUUCAGAGAUUGAUUUUUGAAGCCAAAAAUGAGACAACUAUUUAUAUCAAUUACUUAUCGAUAAUGAAAUUUGAGGGAAAGUCCUCUAAUACAAUCCUCUGAUAGCAAGUAAUACAUAACAUGAAUAGGCACUACCAAAUUAUUCUAUAAAUAUAAACUUUCAAUUUAAUAUUUCACUCAUUCACACUUUCUUGUGUGUAGAAAUUAAAAAAUCCCAAACAAACAUUCUUCCCGAUGUGAUUGAACUGAUGAGGAAUUUCAUUUGAAGUUUUGAUUCAAGAAAAGAGCUUGCUGUCAAUUUUAAUUUCAAGUGCAAAGUGAUAUUUUGAACUAUUUUUUCAAAACAUUCUCAUUUCUCGACUGGAAAUAUGCAUUUAAAUUUGAACCCGUUAAAAUAUGUGAAUAGGUACCUACACAAAAAAAAUGAUAACACAAGAGAUAUCAGUCCCUGCUAUAUUGCUUCCUAGAAUAAUGUAUUCCCAUUAUAACUCUGUACCAACGAAUUAAAACUAGAUAACAGAACACGAAAAAAAAAAUCAUAACACUGGCCCUCUACACAAUUCAUCGAAUUAAUUAUAACUAACAAAAUCGGGGGUUAUCGAUUUGGACUGCACGUUAAUGUAAAUAACAAAUACCAGGAACAUAGCGACAAGGUUUUAUAUAAACAACGGUAUGCAUCGUAACUCGAAAAAUUGAAAAUGUUCUUCAUUAAGUCAGUGCUGUUAUUAUGUUUAUUCUGCUACGUUAGAGCAGAACAUUUGACAUUCAAAAAUGUGACAGUUCACGGGUACAGUGCUUUUAACCACAAAUUCAAACAAGUGAUCGUCUCGUCGAAUUACCUCAAAGAUGAACUUCCAAGAAGUGUCUUCGACGCCGUCGAAAUCAGACACCAAGAUAUACCUGUUCUAUAUGAAAAUUGCAUAAGUGAUAUCAGUGCUCUGGAUGAAUUGAUACUGGAAGAGAAUAAUAUACAAGAAAUUGAACCAGGAGCAUUCAAAAACUUAUCGCAAAUUCGUUUAAUAAAACUGAAGAAGAACCAUCUCAAAACAAUCACGGAAGGUAUAUUCAAUAAUCUCCCUGUAAGUGACCUCGACCUUAGUCAAAAUGAAAUUUCUGUUAUCGAAGAUAAGGCGUUGGACAAUAUGCCGAAUUUGUUAAACAUCAGAUUAACCUUAAAUAAAAUAACCACUUGGAACAGCAAUUGGUUUAAAGCUACUCCACUUUUAACCCGUUUAUCAUUCCAACGUAAUCUAAUAAAAGAACUACCAUCAGAUGCAUUCUCAAAUAUGGCAGGCACUAAAAGUUUCGGCAAGAUACCUUUGACCUUGAACUUGCUUUUCAGUAACAACAAAAUUAGUAGAGUGGAUCCUCACACCUUCAGAGGUUUGAAUAAAAUCAACAAUCUCUGGUUGGACAACAAUCUUCUAGAAGAAUAUCCUCCAAAAAUGCUGAACAAGGUUUCAGUACACGCGUUGAGAAUAAGCAACAACAAAUUGAAGUGUAUAGAUGACAAAGAAUCUCUCUUGAAGGCGGAAAUAAACGAUAUCGAUGCAAAUCCCUUCGAUUGUGAUUGCUUGUCUGAUAUCAAGAACUGGGCGGAAAAAAAUAAUAAAUCAGUUUCUACGUUUUAUGCCGAUAUGAAUUGUUAUGCUGAAAGAUUGGAAGGCAAAAUGAGGGAUAUAGAAAAACUGUUGAAAUAAAUGAAAGGAAAUCGGGAGAACAAAAAAGAAGAAAACACUACAACUUCAACCGAGUAAAUUUAUUUUUAUUUGAUAUGUUAUAAAAUAAAAAAGUUAGUGAUUAGUGUUAGAAUUUUGUAGUAAUAACUCUUAUUAUAUUCAUUCGAACAUAAAUAUAAAUAUUUUUUCCGA